CGCCAGGCGAGAGCGACGGUCCCGACGCGCAGUUCCGCCCCGACCGACGAAGCGCCGACUCUCCGCCUCCGCGCCCGGGGCCUCUCCCAGCGGCGUCGGCCACGCUGCACACUGUGUUGACCGCUGCGGCACCUGCGGCAGCGCCCGAUGGUCAGGCGGCGGUGGCGGCCGCGGAACGUUGCGUCAUCGCUGCUCAGAGUGAGUGUGAGGUGUUGUGCGGCGCCGAGGCGUGAGGCGUGAGGAGCCGCCGGGGAUUCUGGCCGCGACACGUGCUGCGGCGGCGAGACGGCUCAUGGUGGGCGUGAUGGGGCGCGCGGGCGUGAUCGUGGUGGUGCUGGCGGCGGCGCUGGCCGGGGGCGCCGUGGUCUUCGCCGCCCCGGAGCUCCUGCAGCAGGCGCAGCAGGAUGCGUCUGCCGCCGGUGAGACAGCGGGCAGAGAGCAGCGACUGUCGCCUCCCGAAGGCGACGCCCACGAGCUACGGACGUCCCAGGUCGUGGAGGACGACGAGGAGGACGACGCCCUGGACGCCCGCACGGCCAGGUGGGCGGGCGCGGCGUACGACUUCCUGCAGGCGAUGUCGUGCAAGGGCUCGUCGUGGACGACCGAGGAGGCGUGCCUCGACGCCCAGCGCAUUCCGCGGAGGUCCAUGCGGGUGUGGGCGGCGCGGGCGGGCCGGCGCUACGUGGCCCGCCUCCCCGACGGAGCCCUGCAGAGGUCUGGGGUCCACGACGGGGUCCUCCUGCUGGACCCGUUCCCGGCCGCGUCGUGGGGCCACCUCGCGCUCGUGCUCUUCGUGGCCGCCAACACGACGCAGGGCCUGUGCGGCGACAAGAACGGCUUCUGGCUAGAACCCGGGGACUGCCUGACGGUGGCGCUGAAGGAACGAUGUCAGAACCUCCUCGACCGCCGCGGCCGCCGUCGGAACUACUCCCGCCGCUGCGAAAUCAACUUCCCGCCCUUGGUCGUGACGGAGGAAGACGCCCGCACGCCCUUCCGCCUGCACGCCUUCACCCACGCCCACGGACAUGGCCCCAUCCGCAGCGAGGCUCUCAAGCAACGCCUCAAGUGCCGCAGUGACGCCCAAGGAUACGCCCCCUGUCCGCGCCUUCGUCCGCUCAACGACACGGAGCACCUCGUCUGCGACCCGCUCGGUGUGAACUCAAAAAGGUGUUCCCCGACGCACGAAACUGUCCACACACGCUGUCGUCUUUUCGAGGUGUGUGACCAAGCUGUCGUUCUCUCCGGAGGCUGGAGUCGUGACCUUUCGCCUGAGGUCACGAGAGACAACGUCAAAUUGGCCUAUAACAUGUUGCGCCAUAAUGGAUUCCACAAAGGCAAUAUCAAGAUUUUCUACGCCAACGGAGCCAAGAAAGAUGCAGAUCCUGACCUCCGCCACGCCAUCUAUCCGUCCUCCAUGAAACUAGGCGUCCGCUACCACCUGCGUUCCCUCUGCGCCACGCCCCUCUGCACCGACUCCCUUGUGCUGUACCUAGCCGGCCCUACGCUCAACGACGGCACGCUCCUACUGUGGGACCAGGACAGGAACGGACUGCUGCGAGGCGGGGAGGUGUACACCCCGAGGGAACUCCUGCGUGACCUGGAGAACUGCGCCGCCCGCCAGGUCACGCUCCUCGUCGACACGUCCUACGCGGGGGAGAUCGUGAAGGCUUUCGCGCACUCCAAGAAACACAAGAAUGUCCAGGUUUACGCCGCGGGGGGGUCCGAUGACUACUCCUGGGGCACGGAGUUCACCAGACACUGGACUCACUACUCCCACACGCACUCCUGCACUCGCCAGGUCCAUGAGACAUCCCUGAGCGCCGUCCACCUCUCCACGCCCGCCUCCUUCGACGGCUCCAGCGGCGAGCUCCGGAAAACCAUCUUCGGGGCGCCGUGUGACGUCUCGCCGCCCUUCUCCUGGCGGGAACUCCACCACAGUUACUUCGGCUGCCAGAACACGCCCACUGCGAUCUGGCUUCGUGCUGGGGCUUCGAACUACUCGCCGCCGGAUCUUCGGGAUAUCAUCGACGAGUUCUUCCCGCCUCAGAUGGGGGAGACGUCGGCCAGCGAGCAGUGAGGGAG